AUGGGUUUUCCAUGUGUCGAUGCUGAGGAAGUGUCUUCACCCUACAGAGGAGUUAGUGGCUAUAUGAUUCUAGAGGAUCUUAGGCCAUAUUUGAUAGUUCCGGCAGUGCCUGUGAGGAUUCUUGAGAGACAAGACAAGAUUCUACGGAACAAGAGGAUUCCUUUGCUGAGAGUUUUGUGGGAUUACAGUGGUUCUACAGAAGAGACUUGCGAGCCUAAGGCAAAGAUGAAGUUGAAGUUCAUGAAGUGGUUCGAGGAGUGA